UUUAAAUUGCAGACGAAUCUGUCGCUAGCACGACUCGUUGCGUAUAAUUUCCGAGUCAUGCGAUCAUGGAAUCGUCCUGAGUGGAUACAAUUCCUAAAACGUCGAAUACCAAUACUAAACUGGUUACCCAAAUAUGAUUGGAGACAAAAUUUUCUGAUUGACUUUAUUAAUGGAAUCACUCUAGCUGUUAUGUAUAUUCCACAAGGCCUCGCAUAUAGUUUGAUAAUCGGCCUACCACCGAUCUUCGGAAUCUACACAGGAAUUGUUGCACCAUUGAUUUACGCCAUUUUAGGAACAUCACGGCACGCCUCUACAGGUGGAUUUGCGAUAAUUGCUUUGAUGGUCGGUUCGGCAAUUCAAGAAGCAACAUCAAUGGCCAACAAUUACUCACAUGAAAUAACGGAAAAUUCAUUAUGCUGCAAUAAGAUCAUCGUUAAACCAGACGUAGGGCGAGUAAUACAAAUUUCAUCGCUUAUCACCUUUCUCGUUGGCUUAAUCCAAGUUAUACUUGGUUUUCUGCAUGCUGGUUUGUUGGCUGUCUGGCUUUCUGAUCAACUCGUUGAUGGUUUGACUUGUGGCGCCGCUGUCCAUAUCUUAGUCAGUCAGAUAAAAUAUAUGGUUGGAAUUGAACACUUGCCAAAUCCAUCCAGCCAUUUCGGUAUCAUUAAGUUUUUAUUUUGCUUUAUUCGAAAUAUUCGCUCAAUUAAAUAUAAUGAAACAAUAUGCUCAAUAAUUUGUUGUAUAUGCCUUUUAUUUUCGAAAGUAUUCAUCGACCCUAUCUUAAGUUCCUGGUUAAUAACAAAGUUCCCCAUGGAACUGCUACUGGUGAUAUUUUCGAUAAUAUUCUGCUACUUUACUGCAAAUACAGUCAGUGACCUGAAAUUGGAUAUGGUAGGACACAUUGAAUCGGGUAUGAAUGUACCAUUUUUCCUUGAAUUUAGUGGUGCAAAUGAUGUUUUAUUUUCAUCGUUUUCUAUUGCAAUUGUUUCAUUUGUUGUCCAUAUUGCACUUGUCAAACUUAUUGCAAAGCGGCUUGCAUACAAAAUUAACGCUGAUCAGGAGUGGAUGGCGUUAGGAAUAAUCCACAUCGUCUCUUCUUUCUUUGGUUGUUAUGCUGGGGGUUCAUCUUUGAGUAGAACGAUAACUAAUGAGAAACUCGGAACUAAAUCUCAGGUCCUUUGCACAAAAAUUAUUAUUGUGAUUAAAGCAAGUAUAUUUUUAAUCUCGUUUCUGUCAGUAGUUUUAAUUAACAUGAACAUAGGCCUUGUUGUUGGUAUUGUUUUUGCAUUGCUAACUGUGGUUUUACGAUCACAAUGGGCUGAGAGUACAUGCAUGGGGAGAAUACCUGGGACAUCUGAUUUUAAAGGCAUUGGCCAUUAUAGAGCGGCUAUGGAAAUUCCUGGAAUAAAAGUCUUUCGAUUCGAUGCAACCCUAUAUUUUGCUAAUGCAGAACUUUUCUUGUCACGACUACAUAGAGCGACUGGUUUGGAUCCAGUAAGUAUAGCUUCAGAAUUAAGAGAAACUACACUGCAAGCGAAUCAACUGAAUACAACAGAAGACGCGACCAGAAACGAAGGCUUUGUUCAAUUAACACAUAUUAUUAUCGACUGUUCAUCGUUUCCUUAUAUUGAUAUAAUGGGAAUUGAAGCUUUAGCUCGUGCACAUGCAGAAUAUAAUGCAAUUAAUAUUACAGUAUUUUUUGCGUGUUGCAAAGUAGCAGUACGACAAAUGUUCGAAAAAACGGAUUUUUACAAUCGGGUGGCCAAGAAAUAUAUGUUUGUUUCAAUAUCAGAUGCUGUAUUGCAGGCUCAAUAUGAACAAAAAUAUGAGCUCGUGGAUUUUAAACGAUAUGCAUAA